UGUGUGUGAGGUGUGACUUUGGUUACAAAGGACGUCAUUUUUUCUCACAUUUACACAAAUGUUCUGUCACAUUUUGCAGGUGAAAGGUCGUGACUGGAAAUAAGGUCUGCAGACCAGUGGGCGUGACAAACCAGAGCAAAGCUGUUCAGUGAAGCAAAGUCACGUGACGAUCGGUUUCCAAACAGCAAAAAUAAAAAAUGGCGCCACCGCAGCAUGUUUGUGGGAAAUGUCUAUCAAGGCCUAAAUCUGACGGAGAAACUGUUCCUGAAGGACGAUCAGCAGCUCCUCUAACACGUUUAAAUGCUGAGAAGUCCACAGCUUGUCUAGUUUUUAAUAUUUGAAAAGAGUGAAUAAGACUUCCCUAAAACCAGCAGAAAAUCCUGGACUUUCGUUCAAAUGUCAACUUAUAAUUGGCACGGCACCUGUUGACUCAAUAAAACUGAUGAAAUAAAACUGAUCCAAGGUGCUUCCAACAUAAGUCCCUAGACGGGCCUCAUAAAGAAGGUUUGGAUUGACUCCUUCAAAAUAAAAAUCACAUUAUUCCUCCGUUUUACAAGAAAUUCAUUCAGUUUCAGCGGUUUCUGGUGAUUUCCAGGUGGUUUGACCAAAUGUUGGUAUGAACACAAUGUUGAAAUUAUUGAGAGUCACAAAUCUUCCUUUUAGAGAAUUCACCAACAAAGUCGGGCUCCGAACUGUUAGACGGAUUCUCUUGGCUCUAGGGUACACCGAUCGAGACGUCAGCCGGAACCGAGGGCAGAGACAGAACCAGGAAGAACUCUGCUGCGGAGCCUGCGGCUGAAAUCCAGCCACCAUGACUGAUGCAAGCAAGAUCCUGUAUGGGGACCGCAGCGAGGUCAACAACGCCCUGGCUCAGGCCGACUGGGCCUCCACGAAGCUGGUGUGGGUUCCCAGUGAGAAGGUGGGCUACGAAGCCGGCUCGCUGAAGGAGGAGCAGGGAGACGAGUGUGUGGAGCUGUCAGACUCUGGCAAGAAGGUGAAGGUCAACAAAGAUGAUAUCCAGAAAAUGAAUCCUCCCAAAUUCAGCAAGGUGGAGGACAUGGCAGAGCUCCCCUGCCUGAAUGAAGCCUCCGUGCUGCACAACCUGAAGGAGCGAUGCUACUCGGGACUCAUCUACACGUACUCCGGUCUGUUCUGUGUGGUGAUCAACCCCUACAAGAACCUGCCCAUCUACAACGAGGAGAUAGUCAACAUGUACAAGGGCAAGAAGAGACAUGAGAUGAGCGUAGACGUCAUCAGGCCCUGGCCUCCAGGAAGAAACUGGAGAUGGACCUGGCUGACCUCGCAGCACCGAUCGAUUUAGCAAAUAAAGCACGAGACGACGCGCUGAAGCAGCUGAAAAAACUUCAGGCUCAAACGAAAGACCAAAUGAAAGAGCUGCAAGAUCUUCGUUUGUCCAGAAAUGAAGCUGUCAACAGUGCAAAGGAGGCUGAGAAGAAGAUCAAGUCCUUGGAGGCAGAUCUGCAUUUCCAGGAGGACCAGGCCACGGCAGAGAGACUCAAGAGGCAGCUUCAAACUGAGAAGGAUGAGCUCCAGGAUAGCUUGCGCGCGUGCGUGUGCGCGCGCGCGUGUGUGUGUGUGUGUGUGUGUGUGUGUGUGUGUGUGUGUGUGUGUGUGUGUGUGUGUGUGUGUGUGUGUGUGUGUGUGUGUGUGUGUGUGUGUGUGUGUGUGUGUGUGUGUGUGUGUGUGUGUGUGUGUGUGUGUGUGUGUGUGUGUGU